CUCCGUGUGAGAAUUUUACUUCCGGGUUCGUGUCCCGAAAGCUGUGAGGGAGCAAAUUUUGAAUUACUUACUUAUGUGAUUUAACUGAAAAUGUUGAAGUAAACAUUGUAUUCUAGAUAGCCUGUGUCAACAUUGAUGAUUCACGCUGGCUGACGAUCUAGCACUACAUCAUGUUCUCUAGUGAAUUAUAAGAACUAUAUACAGUUUUGUACAUUCACAAUGGAGAGUGUUCGUUUGGCGUUCAAGUUCGGUUGUUGGAAACCGUCAAGAUCUGAAUGGUUGUUAGCGGCACAGUGCAUCCAGUCAGAAGAAAAGGAAAGAAUUGGUAAAUUUGUUUUUACAAAAGAUGGCAAAGCAGCAAUGGCAGGCAGGUUAUUGCUACGAAAAGUUGUGAGCGACACCUUACAGAUUCCGUGGAAUGAGGUCAAAUUAGCCAGAACUGAUAAAGGAAAACCAUUCCUUUUAAACACAGUUCCAAAACACUUGCCAAAUUUCAAUUUCAAUGUCUCCCAUCAAGGUGACUAUUCUGUGAUUGCAGCGGAACCCGCACUACAGGUUGGGGUAGAUGUAAUGAAAGUAGAACAGCCAAAUCGGACAAAUGUGCCUGAUUUCUUCCAUACCAUGAGAAAACAGUUUACUGAACACGAGUGGAAAACCAUUAAGAGACCAAGAACUGAAUGGAAACAACUUGAAAUGUUUUACAGGCAUUGGUGUCUGAAGGAAAGCUACAUUAAGGCCAUUGGGAUUGGGUUGGGAUAUGACCUACUGAGGUUAGAAUUUCACCUUCAAACCGAAGAACUUGGGGUAAAUGUGACCAGUCAUGAUACUGCUGUGUACGUAGAUGGUGCAUUCGACCACAAUUGGCAUUUCCAAGAGACCAAGCUUGAUGACAAGCAUUGCGUUGCCGUGGCGUUACAGAAUACACUGUCGCCAUGUAAGGAUAACCAUCAGGAUGCAUCAACAGGAAGUGACAUCACAGAAGACACACCACCUCAAUUCAGAGUUCUGGACUUUACUCAGUUGAUUUCAACAGCGAAACCACUUCUUGAAGAAGAUGACGCUUAUUGGCAAGCUUUUGAUAAAAAGAUUGAAAGAUAUAUACCAAAGGAUACAACGUAAUUCUACAUGGAGACAUUGAUAACAGGAAUGCUGCAGCACAACAGUACUGCAGGAAGUGAUUUGGAAGAAAAGAAAAUCAUCAACGGUUGAGCCUCAAUCUGUUCAUGGCUGGGUGUUGAUUUGAUUUAUAAACUUAUUUGACAACCAUAUAUAUUUAUAUUUCAUUCACUUCUAUAAAAUAUGUCAAGAUCUGCACCGACCAGCACCAAAUAUGCAGCGGACAUUCCAAUUUCAUGUGAACAUACAAUGUAUUUUAUAUGUAUUGAAUGGGUAUUAUCCAUCAUCGUGACUAUAGCAUGUUGUGAACUGAAAAGAUAGUUACUGUAUUUUUCUAGUCAACAUCCAUACUACCAAAGAAAGUAGGCGCUGAUCAUUUUUUAUUAAUUUCAUCAUUCUCACUCAAUACAGUACGUAUUAGACAUAGCCACGGUAAACA